AUGCCUAUCCGCGCGCGGGAUCUCGACACCUACCGGCGCGAUGAACGGUUAGGACACAAGCUUCUCACGGCAGAAGAGAGGAUAAAGCUCCUUGAGCCCUAUCUUCCCUCACCACAUCGCUCCAAGCCGCGAACCGAAUUUGCCACGGCCAAAACACAGGAAGAUAAGAAGACCAGACUUGGCGUGCGCCGCUUUCUCCGGCGUCAAUAUCACGUGCUCGUCUUCGCCAUUAUCCACAUCUUUUUCUCGCUGUACAUACGCAUCCGGCAAGCCUACCAUGCCGUCGGGAACCGGAUAUACUCGGUCUACUACCACCACCACCGCACCCCAGAGUUGAUACGCCGCGACGUGAAGGGGCUGAGGCGACUGCCCAAGCACCUCAGUGUCAUUCUGACGCUAGAGGACCAGAGACGGAGCGGAGCGGGCCUCGAGAGGCUGAUCAAUGAGGUGACCGACGUUGCCGCCUGGUGCGCCAGCGCUGGUAUCACGGAAUUAUCCAUAUACGAAAAGACGGGCAUUCUCAAGGGCUACCUCAAGGAGACGCACCAGGCAGUGUCACAAAAACUGGAUUUCUACUUCGGCUCAAACCACCCUUCCGUGACCCUCGGCGCCCCACACCUUCCAACCAUCGAGUCUCCCGUACGCGCCAACGGGACGAUGCACAAUGGCAGCAGCGACGACGGCGAAUGGCAAGGCAAGCACCUCUCGGUCCUCCUCAUCUCGGCCGAGGACGGGCGCGACUCGAUGGUCGACCUGACCAAGACGCUAGCCGAGAUGUCGCAACGCAAGAAGCUGAACACGGCAGACAUCACGAUGGAGCUGGUCGAUGCCGAGCUGAGCGAGAGCGUCAUGACCGAGCCCGACCUGCUCAUCCUCUUCGGCCCGCACGUCGAGCUGGCCGGCUACCCGCCAUGGCAGAUCCGGCUGACCGAAAUUUUCCAUGUGCAGGACAACCAGGGAGUUGGGUACCAGGUAUUCAUCCGGGGGUUGCGCAAUAUGAGCGCCCCGGUGAAAGACGGCAAGGUGGAAGGGCAGCAAUCGACGGACAUGGGAAUUUUCAGGCCACCCAUCGUCCGCUCCGCCACCACGGCGCUCAACCGUGCCCUGUUCAGCAAGAAGGUGGACCUGGCUGCCGCCGCAGUGCAAGACACCAAACUCCUCUCACAAUACCGCAAGACACUACACGCCAGCAGGGAGAUAUUGCAGGUAGAACGGAUUGCGUCGAUCCGACCGCAUCCGGACAAGACACUCGCCGACCAGGGGCGCAAGUGCCUACUCCUAGAUCCCAGUGUUAAACCAGGCGCACCCGAUACAUGGGGUCCGGUGCUCAGAGAUGGCGUUCAGAGGCAAGAGCUAACCGUCAUCCCCUAUGAGUUUCAGCUCGACUAUGACUACUGGAACUACCGCGAUAUCAUGCAGUCAAUCCUGCCGGAGGAGCUCCAUGAUGAUAUCCCUACCGGGUUCAACGUGGCCGGCCACGUAGCGCAUCUCAACCUACGGAGCGCCUUUCUUCCCUACAAGCGCCUCGUAGCGGAGAUCUUACUAGACAAGAACCCCCAGAUCAAAACUGUCAUCAACAAAGUCGACAACGUCGGCGCCGAAUCCGAGUUCAGGACGUUCCAGUACGAACUCCUGGCCGGUCCAGACGACUUGAACGUCCAGGUGACCGAGAACAACUGCAUCUUCGAGUUUGACUACUCCAAAGUGUACUGGAACAGCAAGCUCGAAACGGAGCAUCGCAGACUCAUCAACCUCUUCCAGCCGGGCGAGGUCGUGUGCGAUGUCAUGGCCGGCAUCGGGCCUUUCGCCGUGCCCGCGGGCAAGAAGCGCGUCUUUGUCUGGGCCAACGAUAAGAACCCCGAGAGCUUCAAAUGCCUCGAGGCCGCCAUCAAGAAGAACAAGGUAGGCUCUUUCGUCCGCCCCUUCUGCGAAGAUGGCCGCGCUUUCAUCCACCAAGCCGCCGAUUCAGUCCUGGAAGCCUCAAGGAAGGGCGAGCACGCCGUGAUCAUGCACCGGGAGAAGCCCCAAGCGAAGGCCAAGGGCGAAGCCGCCGCCGCUGCAGGUACCGCCGGAUCCCGCUCCCGCCCUACCCUUCGAGAAGAGCGCGUCCCCGUCCCGCCCACAAUCUCCCACUUCGUCAUGAACCUCCCGGCCUCCGCAAUCGAGUUCCUGAGCAGCUACCGCGGCGUCUACGCUGGCCAGGAGGCGCUCUUCGCGCCGCACACGCAGGUCAAGCUGCCGCUGGUGCAUGUGCACUGCUUCUCGUACAAGGCCGACGACGAGACGCCAAGGAUCGACAUCUGCGAGCGCAUCACGCGGGAGCUGGGGUCACGCGUCACGGCCGGAGACGACCCCGACGUGGAGGGCCAGGUGGUGAUCCAUAACGUGAGGGAUGUGGCGCCGGCGAAGAGCAUGUAUUGUGCGAGCUUCCGGCUGCCGAGGGAGGUGGCCUUUGCCGUGAGGGGGUAG